CCAGACCCACCACCACCCGCACCACCACCACCCCAUGCUCGACCACUAUGCGGUCUCGCCUCACCAGUCCUUCCCCAGCAGCAGCGCCGCCGCCGCCGCCACUCACAUUCUGUCCAGCCCCAACGCCUUCUCGCCCUUCGCUCCUCCCCAUCACCAGCAACCACCCCCAUCGCCGCCGCCCACAUCCACAAUGCCCACCACCCGCUCUUCGACCCCCGCGCCUUCGGCGGCGCGUCCUACCCGCCUCCCGCCAACCCCUUCGCCCUGGACUGCUUCGGCGGCGGCGGCGGCGGCGGAGGAGGGAACGGCGGGGGGUUCCUGAUGGUGCCGAAGAGCGAGGACGCCGCGGGGGCCCGGCCGUCGCCCGCGGCGGAGCUCGCCGCCGCGAGGAUAGGGCUGAACCUUGGGGGGACGUACUUCGCGUCCUCGGUGGCGGCGGAGGACGACUUCGUGAGCCGGCUCUACCGCCGCCCGUCGGCCGGGAGGGCGGGCGGGGAGGGCGGCGGGGUUGGGUCGGCGGCCGCCAACGCGCCCCGCUGCCAGGGAGGGUGCAACGCCGACCUGACCCACGCCAAGCACUACCACCGGAGGCACAAGGUGUGCGAGUUCCACUCCAAGGCCGCCGCCGUCAUCGCCGGCAGGCUGACCCAGCGGUUCUGCCAGCAGUGCAGCAGGUUCCAUCUCCUCGCGGAGUUCGACAAUGGGAAGCGCAGCUGCCGGAAGCGGCUGGCGGACCACAACCGCCGCCGGAGGAAAUCCCAUCAGCAGCCGGGCCGCGACAACCUGGCCAAGACGCAGCAGGAGGGCUGCCGGAACUCUUCCGGCGAUAACCCAUCAAGAUCGCCCCCGGACUCGGGAACGCAGUCGGCCUCGUCGGUCACCGUGGCGUUGUCCCCGCCAAGGAUGUCGCUGGACUGUUUCCGGCAGAGCCACCAUCGCGGGUACCAGCCGCCCUCGUCGUCCUCGUCGGCGUCGUCGCCCUCGUGCUCUCUCUUCUUCUCCAGCGGAUAAAAGAAACCAACUGCAGGAGGGCUGAGGGCUGUCUCUCUUUCUCUGCUACCUCUGAUCACAGGCUUCUCCCUUCCCUCCCUCUUCGUAGGCACUUUAGAGAGCAGUAGUAAGGAUAUUCUUAGGAUUUGAUUGUCAUUUGUUUAGAGAUUAUCCCGAGAGUUUCAAGCUCGCUCCCUCUUCUUGUCUCCUCCACGUUCGUGGUGGAAAAGUUGAUGUUGCGGCCCGAGAUGGGCAUCGUUGUAGACAUCAAGUGAAGCAUCUAAAUUAUUGUUUUCUCAUGGCAUA